ACACCCCGCCGAUCUUCACUCCCCCCUCCUACCAUGCAUGCCCGAUGGCUUCCUCCUCCUUUAUAUCUCCCCCACUCCACCUGGCUGCUGCGAGGUCAUCAGUAGUCGGUACUGUACUGCACGUCGACGAUGGCCGCCGAGGUGCUGGUCGGAUCCGAGCGCCGCGUGCUCAUCAGCGCCCUCCCCGCGCCGCCGCCGCCCGACAGCCUGCUCGGCCGCCUCGACCAGAUCGACCUACGGCUGAGGCAGCUAGAGGAGGAGCGGCGGCCGUCCUCGGCCGCCGAGGGCGACGGCGCGCGCCCGGCGCCGCGGCACCAGCACAGCAAGUCCAUGCCGUCGGCGCUCCAGCCGCAGGAGGCGCGCGACGUGAGGGGCACGCUCAUGGACCGCCUCAACCUGCUCGAGUCGCGCAUCAGGCAGCUCAGCUGCGAGCUCGACCUCGACGGCUCCGGGAGCGGCAAGGCUGCCGCCGCGUCGUGCCUCCCGACGCCCGUGCCGCGCCCGCCCGAGGACUGCGCGUGGUCCGAGCCGCCGCUGCCCGACCCCGCCAUGCGCGCGCGCGCGGCGGGAGGCGGCGCCGGGGCGAGCUGGAGCGCCGCGCAGAUCCUGCAGAGGGGCGCCCGCCAGCUCAACCGCAACAAGACCAGCCACCCAGCCAAGGUGAAGAAGCUGAAGGAGGCCAAGUGCGCGUGCGAGGAGGAGAAGAGGAAGGCGGAGCGCGCCGGCCGGGCGUCGGCUGGCCGGAGGUGGUUCACCGUCGGGUGCUAGUUUGCUAAUCAGUGGACGGAUGGCCUCACCAUUUGAUCCCUGCUUGAUGAAUUAGAAUGUGCCAUUGCCUCUUUUUUCCCCUCUGUUUUUUUUUUAAGUUGCUCUGUUUUGUUUUCAGUUAGUAUAUAUAUGUAUCGAUUGAUUUGUAUUUUGUAAGCAUGUGUAGUGCCCAUAUAUAUGUUUGGAGUGCUGAUUAUUUACAACAAAUCUCAAUAAGUUUGUUCUAUUGUGCUACUGGUUCACAC